AUGUCGCGGGGCAGCGCGGAGGCGGCGCGGCUGCUGGCGCUGCUGAUCUGUCUGAGUUGUGGAAAUGGACUCUGCUGGAAGAUUUACAAUCGAAGUGGCAAGAGUGGCACAUUAUCUCAUCCCAACAGCCUUGUCAGACAGAAGAGAGAAUGGACAGUCCCUCCUGCUUUCAUACGGGAAGAGGAAGACAAUUCCUAUAGGAAUCCAAUUGCUAGAAUACAUUCUGAUUUUGAAGACAAGGGGAUAGUGGUAACUUACACUUUAUCUGGGCAAGGAGUUACAGAACCCCCUUAUGGACUAUUUGUUAUCAAUGGAAAGACUGGAUACUUGAACGUAACAGGAAGGGUUGACAGAGAAAAGACUCCAGUGCUGUUUUUGCGAGGUCAUGCUCUAGAUAGGAACGGAGCAAAACUGGAAGAGCCAAUAGACCUCCCAGUUAGAGUUCUAGAUAUAAAUGACAAUCCUCCAGUGUUUUCACAUGAAGUUUUUGUUGGUUCAGUUGAAGAAUUAAGUGAAACAGGUACAAUUGUAAUGAGGUUAAAUGCAACAGAUGCAGAUGAACCAGGCAACCUGAAUUCCAAAAUUGCUUUCAAGAUCAUUUCCCAAAGUCCUAGUUCUGCGUUCAGGAUGAAUAAAGAUACUGGCGAGGUUCAAGUAGCAACAAUAAACCUUGACAGAGAGACACAAAGUAGCUAUUCAUUGGUGGUGGAAGGGAAAGACCGUGGUGGUGCAGCAGAUGGGAAUAGUGCAACAUGCUCUUUAGAAAUCAAGAUUUUGGAUGUCAAUGACAACGUGCCUGUGCUUGAAAGUCAUGCAUUUGAAGGAAGCGUUGAAGAAAACAAAGCAAAUGUGGAAAUUAUGCGAAUAAAAGUAUUUGACAAAGAUGAAGAGUUUUCUGAUAAUUGGUUGGCAAACUUUUCAUUUGUUUCUGGUAAUGAAGGAGGCUAUUUUCGUAUAGUAACAGAUACUAGGACAAAUGAAGGAAUUUUGACUCUUGUGAAGGCGCUGAAUUAUGAAGAAAUGCAAAGCCUAAAUCUGGGCAUCGUUGUUACAAACAAAGCAGAAUUCCACAAGUCCAUUAAGAGCAGUUAUAAAGCACAAACAAUUCCAAUCAAAAUUCAUGUGAUUGAUGUGCGGGAGGGCCCUGUAUUCCCCGGUGGCACAAAAAUUAUUGAAGCAAGUGAGAGCGUGCGAGUACACCAGGUCAUUGGGCAGUAUCAAGCCAUUGAUGAAGACACUGGAAAAGCAGCGGUGCGCAUUAGAUACAUCAAAGGAAGAGACCCAGCAAACUGGAUCACAAUAAAUUCAAAUACAGCUGAAAUCCAACUUGCCAAAAACCUCGACUACGAAUCAGCUUAUGUAGUAAAUGGCACCUACACUUUUACCAUAUUGGGUGUAACUACUGAUCUUCCCACAAAAACAGUCACUGGCACCGUCGUUAUUCAAGUUAAAGAUGAGAAUGAUAACUGCCCAAUUAUUGAGAACCCUAUACGGACUGUGUGUUCAGAUGCAAGGUUCGUUGAUGUUACAGCUAGUGAUAUGGAUGGUCACCCAAACAGUGCUCCCUUCAGCUUUUCUGUCAUUGAUGAGCCAGAAGGGACAGCAAACAAGUGGAGAAUCACAUCCCAAAAUGCCACCAGUGUACGGUUGGUUCCCCAGGAGCUGAAGGCAGGCAGUGCUGAAGUUCCUCUGUUAAUACGGGAUUUCCAAGGGUUCAGCUGUGCUCAGCCACAGUCCCUGCAAUUGUCUGUUUGUACGUGUACUGCUGACGGUGGAUGCAAAGAUAGAGUUACUGGUGGCGGGACAGCGGGUCUGGGACCAGCGGCGGUUGCACUAAUCAUCUUGGCGUUCUUGCUUCUGCUGCUUAUUCCACUAUUACUGCUGUUGUGUCCGUGUGGCUUGGGAGCGAAAAAGGGGUUUGCUGCAAUACCGGACUGUAGCGAAGAGAUGUUGCGUAAGUGGAACAGUGAAGGAGCAGCUCCGGAGGAGAAGUUGAUGCAAAGUGUUGUGCUACCCACUGCACUGGGGAACUUGAAAGGAGCAGCUGGCGGAGCAGCAGCAGUAACAGCAGCAGCAGCAGCAGCAGGAAUGAGUGCAGAGGAAGCUGCUGCAGCAGGAAGCAGUUCUGCCUCUAACGUAAGAGGGCAGAGCAUCACGAUUACCAGGGAAGGAUGGGAAGAGCAAAGACAUCUCCUUUCUGGUGCUGAUUACCAUUCCAGAGCCAUGGCAACUGUAGAGGCUGAGGGCAUGGUAGCUGGAGAAGGCAACAUGGCGGUGACUGGAAAAGGUGUGGCGAUGGGAUCUGCAGGAGCCAUGAAUGAAGAAUUUUUGAGAGAAUACUUCACUGACAAAGCUGUGUCUUUUGCGGAAGAAGAUAACGCCCAAGCUGCAAGGGACUGUCUCCUGGUUUACUCUCAGGGGGAGUCAGGCUCCCCCCACGGCUCCAUCGGCUGCUGCAGCUUUAUUGAGGGUGACCUCGACGACCGCUUUCUUGAUGAUUUAGGAGACAAAUUUAAGACUCUGGCAGAAAUAUGCAUAGGCAGACGCAUCGACAUGAAAGACACUAGCUCCAAGAAUGAAUCCAGUUUUGGUGUUAAUGAGCAAAAGGCUUUCAGCUCCAAACAAGCCUCUGCCUCAAGUGGCUACUUCUCACCCACCCCAUCAGCGCAGGCAGGAGGUGGUGUGGGAUCGGAGGCUGUGUCGCAGGAGGUGAUCUUGGAGACAACCUCCUCAUCGCAAUCUGGGCAGCAUGGUGCCCGGACCCUAGCCACACCCUUCACGGAGACCAAUGUCACCGUGACGGAAACGUCCUAUUCUGCAGGGGGCCCUGGCCACUCAGCUGCCAACUUUUUAGAUCCCCAGUUUAAGGAGAACAUAGUGGUGACAGAGAGGGUGCUGGCCCCUGCCUCGAGCUUGAGGGGAAUGGUGGAAGUCCCCAACCUGCCCUCUGGAAGCAACAUGGUGGUUACAGAAAGGAUGAUGACAUCAGAGGGCCCUGGGGUAGGAACCAUGGCAGUUCAGGACCUCCCUGACUCAAAGUAUGUGGUGGUGAGGGAGCGGGAGAGGGUGCUCGUGCCCAGCACUGAGCAGGGCUCACUGAGCUUUCCCACCUUGUCUGAGGGGCAGAGCAUGGUGGUGAAUGAGAAUGCCCUCACAGCCUUGGCAGGGCCUGGUAGAGCCGAGCAGGUGCUGAUCACAGACUCCCUGCUGAGCCAGGCAGGCUCUGCCAUGGAGGGGGCAACUCCUGCCAGCUCCACGCUGAGCAAGUCCUCCAGAGUCACCAAGUACAGCACUGUGCAGUACAGCCGCUCCUAGUCUUGGCACCUUAACUGCUGCAUGCAGCUUUCUGCAGGCUUUGUAUUGAGACCUGGAUUUCUUAGUGCCUUAAAAAUGAUACUGACUUGCACAUGGUGUCUUCUUCAAUAAGGACUGCGGCCAAGAAGCUAGCAAAGAAAUCUGCGAUUAUUAUAAAACACUGACGAUGUUUUUGAAGUGGAACAAUGAAAGAUAUAUAUCUUGUUUGCUAUUUUUGUAACUAUUUUGCUAUGUAUUUGCUGUUUUUACUAUUGUGUUAGUGUAAUAACACCAUGUAACUACAGCUGCAUAAUUAUGGGAAAGCAGAAGACUUCUAAAAUCUAGUGAUUGAUAGCAAAGCACAAGUUAGGUUUCUGAGCUGCCGUUGAGUCUGUCUGCUGAACCCUCCUCCCCACCUCCCAAAGGGGCAUCAGUCUCACCACAUCUUCUGUCUGUUGCCUUGUGGGUCAGAGCAGCUCCCUUAAACUGCAGCAGAAUUCACUCCAGUGAAUUCAUUGGAAACCUCUCUUUCCUGAGAAGAGUUGCCAAAGUCCUCUAGGCAGUGGUGUGUUGAUCUCCUAGAGGGUUGGCACAAUUUCAGGUUAUCAGCACCUGUACAUUAAGCAAUCAGUACUUGUUCUCUUUAACCUCUGUGCUAUUAUACAAGUAGCAAAAAGAGCUCAGAACUGCUUUUUUUCUGUGGGUUUUUUGUUGAUUUUUUUUUUUGUUGUUGUUUUAGUACUUCAGUGUAAAAUUUCCAUUACUUGGCAUAGUUGUAGACUGACUUGGGAAAAUAAGCAUUUGCAUCAUAAAGAUUUUUCACUGACUCUUAAUUGGUCAUUUAAUAAUGCAUGAGAAACAGCCAGAACUUCAGCUUUAGAGACAGAGAUCCAAUCAAUGGCUUCUGCUAGCAGAGUUUAUGGCCCUUAGGAAUCUGCUGGAUCUGAUUUAUAAGUGCAGUUAAUUGAUUUUAUUUCUAUCCGUGAGUUCACGGAUACAAGUAGAGUAAUGAGGCCCAGUGCAUGUUUUUGCAGUUGUGAUGAUUCCAGCCUCAGAACUGCGGUGGCCUCUGCAGUGCUGUGUAAUGGCAGCUGUCAUUAGCUCUAACUGGAAAAUAGAAAAGCUUCCUGUAAUUUUGCAACACUCGAUGUCAUUUUCUAUUAAGUCUGUGUGGUUAGAGUACUGUACUGUUUGGCACUAUGUAUAUAUGCACAUGUAAGUAUUUAUUUGUAUGCAGUUUGAAACAUUUUAAAGUGACUUUUAUAGAAAAAAAAAAAGCACCAAAACCUGUCACACACUAUUUAUGUUUUAUCAGAGUAGAAAUGUAUCAGAUUAAACAUUAGCACUGUGUGCCUCGUAACUGUAAAAUCAGUGAGGUCAUCAUGUGGCAGUGCAAAGCCCAUGGACCUGCAGAGCUUUCUGGUUGUCUCCAUCUCUGCUGGAGUUUUCACGUCUCUGUAGGUUAUGUCUUCCACUGUAUUUUAUUUGAGGGUUAAGGUAAAAGGAAGUUCAGACACAUUAACGUAAGAAGUACGAACCGUGGCUGCGCUCAUCGCGGUAUGCAUAAGUAUGUUACAGUGGAGGAUCAAGCAACUUGAUGCACUUGCUUGGACCUGUUGUUUAUUUAUCCCUUAAACUUCAUUUUUAAAGUACACAUCUCUAGUUUUAAGCAAGCAAGCAGUUUUAAGUGGUAACCAGGUUUUUCUCUUGCAGUUAGAGGGAGUGAACUUACCUCUGAUUUUUUAAUGGAGAGCUUCUGUAUUUUUAUGCAAUGUGAAAUAAAGAACUCAACCGCA